UAAACAUGAGAAGAGAAAUGGUUAUCUCAAAAAGAGAAGUUGUGCUCAUGUUUGCCUUAACCAUAACUAUCUUCUUCCCCGUUGUUAAAUCACAAGCUUUCGAUAACUUUUGGUUCGUUCAACAAUGGCCACCAGCUGUUUGUAACUUUCAGCAAGGUCGAUGUGUCGGACAAGGGCUACGAACCUUUACCGUCCAUGGCUUGUGGCCUCAAAAGGGAGGUACCUCUGUGAUUAAUUGCUCUGGCACUCGUUUCGAUUUCACCCAGGUUUCCCAUUUACAAAAUGAUCUGAACAGAGUUUGGCCAAAUGUUAUAACGGGAAAUAAUAGAUUUUUUUGGGGACAUGAGUGGAACAAACAUGGAAUUUGCUCAGAGAGUAAGUUUGACAUGAAAGCAUACUUUCAAAUGGCCAUUAAUAUGAGGGAUAGUCUUGACCUUAUGAACGCCCUCAGAGUUGGUGGGUUAGCUCCAAAUGGGCGCACCAAAUCGAGGCAAAGAGUGCAAAGUGCCAUCCGAGCACAAUUCGGAAAGGAACCAGUUCUUCGCUGUAGAGGAACGGGUAGGAAUGUUCGAUUGAUAGAGAUUGUGAUGUGUUUUGAUGAUGAUGGUGUCACGCUUAUCAACUGCAAUCCUGCUAGUUCCAACUGCGCUAAUAGCUUUAUAUUUUAAAAACUCUUUAAUCUCAUGCAAUAAUAAUGUUUAUCCAUAAUCUGAAUAAUUUGGUGCUAUUGUUCACCAUGGUGGUUUAUAUAUAACGUUCUAAAGUUGUGUUUAUUUUGAAGACAUAAAUAUCUAUAAUAUUUAGAAGUUCAACGUUGGAUUUA